CUGUCGAGUCGAGACCGAUUACCUUUUUUGACUGACAGCGGCUGCACUUGACUCUGUUCUCAGUAAAGAUGUUAUCCAAUGGAGGAGACGUUCAAGCGGGGGGUUGCAAAGUCCGAAAUACCGGGCACCAUGAGCGGGGAUUGAAAAUUCCCGAAUGUCCGUAUCGGUGAAAUUAGGGUAGGUUGUCUCCACUACAACGAUGGGCUCGACUACAUUGUAAUACAUACCGAUUUUCCCUUUUCUUCUUCUUAAUAUUUUAACCGUUCUUUUCCAAGAGCGGUCACAAGGGCUUCGACAUGCAUCAGUUCAACGUGUUUACAAGAUGGCGACCGUUAUCAACCGACAACGAACAAGUGACAACACCAGAAAUCAAACGAGAACAUAAAAAACACGACAACUCCAAUAUAUCGAUGUCUAUAGCACCACCAAUUACCGAAAGACAACUUCCAUGGAAAAGCAAAGCUGCAUUCACCCAAAUAUUCGAAGCCAGCGACAACAACAAGGCAAUCUUCGACGCGGUGGUCGCACCCACACUACCACAAGUCCUCGCCGGACAAACUUGCAAUUUCUUCGCUUAUGGUCACUCGGGGAGUGGAAAGUCGCACACGAUUAUCGGAUACGACUUUGACAACUCGAGCGAGUUUGGAUUGUGUCUGUCAGCGGCUCGUGAACUGAGUGAGACGCUGGAGAAGCUCAAUGCAGAUAACUGCGACGCUUCCUCCCGACUCGGUAUCGGAUUGCGUAUGUAUGAAUUGCGUAAGAACACGGCGUUUGACCUGCUCAAUAACCACUGCAAGUGCCAUGUCCGCGAGGGCUAUGAUGGGCAGACGCAUAUCCGCGGCGAGACUGAAGUACUAGAGGGUGGUAGAGUGAGAGUGCGUCCGAUCGCUACCAAGGCUUGUUGGAGCUUUGAUGACUUCCGCAAAGAGCUGCUUGAAGGUCUAAAGUUAAGAGCGACUGGCACGUCUACUGUGCAUGAUCAGAGCUCCCGCACGCACGCAGUACUGGAGCUUGAGAUUGUCACAAGGGCGUUGCUCGAUGCUCGCGAGGCGGUCAUUGAGCGACAGUCCGAGUUAGUGCCUGUCGCAAAGUGCGCGACUGAUAUAUACAUAGAAGAGAACGUCAAAGGCCUCAUACAAACACCGGAGGGCAAGUUAGUUCCAAAUCCAGACUACCAGAUCGAUCAGGCAAGCAUCGACGCCGCGGAGGCGAAGAAAGCUGAGUUCGAGCUGUCUGUGCAAAGGGCAGAAAACCACGUCAACGAAGCUCUCAAAUCCUGCCGCCAUUCAUGCCUCAGUGGAAAGUUAGUGUUUGUCGACCUGGCCGGAUCGGAAUACUGCCACGAUAAAACAGCCCCCUCAAGUCCUGGACCAAAACAGACACCGCAGGAGCAACAAGAAGCUCGACAAAUCAACACUGACCUUCUCGCUCUCAAAGAAGUCAUCCGAGCGAGGGUAUCAAAUCAAAGCCGCAUUCCGUUUCGGUCAUCGCCUCUGACCAUGGUCCUUCGUGGCCAUUUUCUGGGCAAUGAUGAUACCAAAGGUAGUUCUUCGGCAAUGAUACUCACGGUGUCGCCUGUGUCAGAGCAUUUCGCUGCUACUAUGAAUACAUUGAAAUAUGGGAAUCUGGUUGGUGUGGCCGGUGGGGAUAGAAAGAAGAUCAUAAGGUAAAUGUUGAGCUCAGGGAUGUUUGAGUGAACUGGAUAGCAGUAACAAUACUCAGUCCUACGACUUCGUCCUGGCCGCAGUGAGCGGCAUCAGGAUAUAUAUAGCAACAGUUAUAUAUACCGGCAAUUAGCGAGAAUUGUAUAUAAUAACCACCAACAUCCAAAAUAUAAACAAUUAAG